AUGACUCUGAUCGGCAAGAAGAGCCAACUGCUCCAAAUCUGUUUCUGCAGAACUGUUCCUGUGCCACCUUCUCUCGUGACCCUGGGAGGUGUACCUAGCCUUGAUCAGACCUGUGCUCGAGUACGGUCACGGAGCCUCUUGUUCAGCGGAGCCUCGGUGACCAAGGUUCUAUGGGUAUUGUCCCACAUGGGAGUUGCGGUCAUAUGUGCGCGCUCGUUCUUCCGCCACCAAGAGAAGAUCCUGUUCACCGCUGUGGAGCGCAUCUGGCGAGAAAUGCAAGUCGGGAUGCUGUACGUCCUACAGAGCGAGAGUCCGAUCGUGUGUGGCGGGGAUGGCCGUGCCGACAGCCCCGGCCACUGUGCGAAGUACGGCUCGUACACCCUGAUGGAGUUAAACCAAAGAAAGGUCAUCGACGUGCAGCUAGUCCAGAGCAACGAGGUAGGUGGAUCCUAUCACAUGGAGCAAAAAGGAUUGGAGAAGUCCUUGGCGUGGAUGGAGAGUGUGGAUGUGGAGGUGGGGACUCUCGUCACUGACCGACACGUAUGCAUCAACAAGAUGAUCAGAGAGGAUCACCCUACUAUCAAGCACCUGUUUGACAUCUGGCAUGUUGCCAAAAGUGUGAAGAAAAAGCUCCAACACUUGAGCCAGAGGAAAGGGUGCCAGGUCCUGAAGCCUUGGGUGGGCAGCAUCAUAAACCACUUGUAUUGGGCAGUGGUGUCAAGUCCAGAUGACAACAGACAGCUCGCUGUUGACAAGUGGAAGUCAGUAGUGUCUCACAUCUGUAACAAGCAUGAAGGUUUCCAGGGACAGUUCCCCCGCUGUGAACAUGGGCCUCUGGAAGGACGGGAGCAGGAGAAGGCCUGGCUUACUGCAAGUACACAACUGUCAACAGAUGUAGAGAAGAUAGUCUACAACGACAAGUUACUGAAGGACAUUGGACGCCUGUCACCUGUUUUCCAGACCUGGUCACUUGAAGCCUUCCAUAGUUUGAUCUUACAUUUUGCUCCGAAGAUGUUUGCCUUCUGCAACAAAGGGAUGGAAUCCAGGGUGAAGCUUGCAGCGCUUCACUUCAAUGAAAAUGCGGACCGGGCCCACAGACAAACUGGUGAUGGUGACCUGAUGUACAGUGUACACUACCCAAAGCACAAGCAGGGAGGGUACAUUGUUCGCAAAGUUCUGGAACAGCCAUCCUUUGGUGUGUAUAAUAGCAAAAUGA